UUCCUAUUCAUUUAUUUAUUUAUUGUUUCCACGUUAGAAAGGUGGAAUGAUUUGAAGAAGAAUAUAAGAAAAUAAAAAUCAUGAAUAGAAGGUAGAAUGUUUUGUAUUCUUUCUAAUAAAACACUAACUUAAUGUUUAUUUAAUACUGUUUUGAUUGGAGUCAUUGUUCAAUGAUAAGGAAGGUGAUGUUUUUAGGAUCUUUUGGGGAUUGUUUUUGUCUCUGUUUGAGGAGGAACUGGGUUCAGCCGGUUGGGGCCUUUGUUGAAUCCCCUUCUCUGCUCCCACCAAAUAGAGGGUACACCAUUGCUCUCUUGUGGGUUUCGGUACUUUAAUCACUUCUUGCCUUUUUCUUACUCAUCUGUGGUUCUAGAUUGUGAUUUGAUGAUUAUUUUUGGUUUUUGUUAGUUAAUUUUGAUGUGGAUUAUUAGAUUUUAAUGCCUGUACUGAUGCACCUAUGCUGCUGCUAAAUUUCUCUUUUGGGUUCCCAAUUUGUUGUUUUUUUAAUUUUAUCAAACAACAAUUUUUGGGAUUUGAGUGAUAUUCUUUUUUUUUGUCCUAUGAAGUUAAGAAACUUUGUUUUCCCUCUUACUAAGUGAAAGAUUGUCUAAUUUGCUCUAUAUUCAUGAUUAUGAUGUGUUUGUGAUAUUGUUGAUGUUGCUUCUGCCGCUGUUAUCAGCUCCAAUUCACAAGCUACAUGAUGAUGCUAAUAAUGAUCAAAAUCCCCUUCAAAAAAUAAAAAGAAAAUUUUGUUAUGGUGAAAUUUUUAUAAUAGCUCCUUUGUGGGAUUUGGCUCUUCUGGUCUUCAUACUGUGCAGAAUAAGGAAAAAAAAAAAAGAAAAAGAAAAAAAACCUAUAAUUCUGUUUUUUUUGGGGGUGGUGUUGGAUAUUUUAUUUUUAUUUAUUCUUUCCCUGGGUGGGGUUUUAUAUUUUGAUUUAUUCUUCAUCUUCCUCUUAAUUGUUUGCAAUUCAUUCUCCCUCUCUGUCUUUUGAAUUGGCAGAUUCUGAAGACAAAGAUGGUUAGUUAUUACCAGAGUUAAAGUAAAUAAAGAGAUCUCUUUCCAACAUACUUAUCGGAACAAAAACUUGCCUCGUAUCCUGAAUAGUAACAUGAUGUAUCUGAACCAAGCUUCUACCACUGUUUCCUAUGGGGAGCUCCUUUCCAGGAGUUUUCUCUCUCCUUGUAACAGUGUUGAAGUCCCAUCCAUUGAAAGCAGAAAUGAGAUGGUUUUGAUUCCGUCUACAAGUGACCCUAUGAGUAUGCAACCGAUUGGUGUGCAGCUAAACAUUACAACAAGUCUUCCUGUUGACAACUCUGUUUCGGUGGAUCCCCAUAUGGUUUCAGGAACACCGCUACACAUUUUAGGCAGUGAACAAAAUUUUCAGUAUCAAGGCUUGUCUCUCAGCCUUGCCACACCAAUAACAUCUUCAGUUCAUGUCCCUUCAUUUCAAUAUCAUUUUAGAAACCCCGGUCUUUCUUCCUCAGUGAGUUCCCAUGUUCCAUAUUCACUGGAGGAUGCCUCUCAAAGUAAGGAGUCAAUAAAUGCUGAAUACUUAUCGUUUUAUUCACCUGAAGGCACUCACAAUUUGAUCAAAGUGGGGGCAUUGAACACCCCUCAAUGCUCAAUAAGCCCGAAAGAUAUACAUUCUGGUCGAAAUACAUAUGACCCAUCAGAUCUUGCAACUCCAAUUUUGAACUCUAAAUAUCUUAAGCCAUCACAACAAUUGCUUGAUGAAGUUGUUAAUGUUGGGGGAGCUUUGAAGCAGAACGAGUCCGACAAACACAACCUAUAUAAGUUUGGUCUAGAUGGCUCCAAAGAAAGUGAAAUGAAAUCUAACAGUAGCUCUAUGCUCCCCUUAUACAGUGGUGUGUCUUCUGAUCCGCAUGAGUUGGCUACCAACUCCUCUUGUGAGCAUUCAUCUGUAGAACAACAGCAUUUGCAGAACCGGAUAACAAUGCUUUUGUCUAUGUUGGAAGAGGUAGAUAGAAGAUACAAACAAUAUUACCAUCAGAUGCAAAUCACUGUGUCAUCUUUUGAAAUGAUAGCUGGGUGUGGGGCCAGUAAACAAUACACAGCACUUGCCCUCCAAAGAAUCUCCCGUCACUUUCGGUGCUUACGUGAUGCAAUCAAUAGUCAGAUUCAAGUUUCUUCGCGAAGCUUAGGGGAGCAAGAUGAAACACCAAAUGGUCAAGGAGGAGUAUUAUCCCGUCUCCGCUAUGUGGACCAACAACUCAGGCAACAGAGGGCUCUUCAGCAGCUUCGAAUCAAUCGGCAUUCUUGGAGGCCACAGAGAGGGUUGCCUGAGAGCUCUGUUUCAAUCCUCCGUGCUUGGAUGUUUGAGCAUUUCCUUCAUCCCUACCCAAAGGACUGGGAGAAAGCCAUGUUAGCGAGGCAGACAGGCCUGACCAAAAGCCAGGUUGCAAAUUGGUUUAUAAAUGCACGGGUGCGUCUUUGGAAACCCAUGGUUGAAGAGAUGUACAAAAAAGAGUUUUGUGAUUUAGAGGCAGGCUCUAAUUCUUCACCAGAACAUGCACCCAAAGAAUCAAGAGAGAAGUUGUGGGCAUUUGAGUAUAGGGGAGAAGAGUUGCGGGAAAGUGGGAUGUCCACAGUUGCUGAUGGUGGCCACCUGGGGCAAUUCAAUGACUUGAAGUCUGAUUUUACCCCUGAUAUAGAAAUGCAUGGGUUCACAGCAAGGUUCAACUUUCAGAAUGUCGUUCAUGUGGAUGAUGACAUUGAUUCAGGGAUGUUGAAACUGCAGGAUGACCAAACUUGCAUUGGGGUUGCAACGUCGUGAAAAAUACUCACUGCCUUUGUCUGGUGGGAUGUGAAGAGGGGACGAUGCAAAAGAUUCUUCUUUGGGGGCCUCCUGUCACAGCAGAUUAUCAAAGUGUGGAUUCUGGAAACCAAUGACACAGGUUCAGCAACUCCAAACUUCUUACCUGGUUUUGUGGCAUGAGGAAAUGCUUCCUGCAAUUCUGCGGAUGUAAAUUCAAUACUCAUGUGAAAAAAAUUUCUUAGUAGGGAAAAGAAAGGAUAAAAAAGAAAAAUUCAUUGCUUUUUGGUGGAUGAGUAGCAUUUUUUUGUAAAUAUGAAAUGCACAUAUAUUCACGUGUAAUUGCGAAUAAGGAAACUUGUACACUAUUUUUUUUUUCUUCGAAAGAAUGAGUUUGAUGUAUCAUUUAUUUGAAACAAAUAAGAAUUGGAUAAUCAUUUGUUAUCGGUAACAUACAAAUUACUAUAGGUUUCAGUUAGCAAUGCCAACUUUGUGCACUUUAUCCUGUUUUUUAAGUUGGCUGAGUAAGUUUAGAUUUAAUAUCCAUUGCUUGCUUUCAGAAGCAUUCUUUGAAAA